AUGAUUAAUAAAAAAGUGAACUGCCUUUGACAAAACUUAUGGUGUUUUAAAUUCUACGAAAAUUUGAAAAUUCUAUGUGCGUUAUAUACAUACGGUGCAACCGCAAAAGUGCAGCUAUAUCUACAUACAUAUGUACAAACAUACCAGCGUUUCGCCGCCAAUUUUCGAUUCCCUUUUGUGCAGUUGCAGAGCAGUUAUUUGUCUGCUAUAUAUAAGUGUCAGUGGCUUCUAUGCUGUACAUAUGUAUGUAAAACAACGCAUCAGUUAAUUUUUAGCGCCAGUUUCAGCGGCAGUGGCUUUCAAACUGUAUACAGCCAACAGUUCCUACAAAACUCGGCAGUGAAUUUAAGCCCUGCCUACAGUUUAUGUUUAUAUGUAUGUACAUAUUUGCCUGGAUAUUAAUUCGGUGUAUACUCAGAGAUUCGGCCUGGAGAAAAAUCUUUAAUACAUUUGUUCGUCGGGAGGAGAGGGCUGCCUCAGAAGAUGUACAGCGACAACGCCACGAACUUCGUGGGAGCGAGCAACGUGCUCAAGGAUCUGAGCGCAGCGUUCCACCGCAGUCAGGAACAGUUGAGAGGAUACGCGGCUCAGAGAGGCGUCGAGUGGUGUUUCAUACCGCCGAGGUCACCACACUUCGGAGGACUGUGGGAGGCAGCAGUCAAGGCCGCCAAACACCGGCUGCUGCGAGGAGUCGGCAACGCCAAGCUGACAGCGGACGAGCUCAGCACCCAUCUGGUCGAGGUAGAGGCGCUGCUCAAUUCUCGACCAAUCGCGUCGCCAGGCAACGAUCCCAACGAUGGAGAGGCCCUGACUCCAGGACAUCUGCUUAUCGGACAGCCUCUGAUCACGCUGCCGCAAGAGUCCGGCACAGACGGAAUCUCCAGCAAGGCCAGUUGCGGAUAUUUGAGGCGGUGGCGAAUGCUGUCCGAUCUCAAGCAGCAGUUUUGGGCCAGCUGGUCCAGGGACUACAUCGCCAGCCUGCAGCAUCGCAACAAGUGGUGCGUCGAGGGCCGCGAUCUGGAGGUCGGGUGCCUGGUGCUCGUGCACGAGGACAACAUGCCCCCGCAAAGAUGGCUCACAGGCCGCGUGGUGGCAACAACAGGCGGUGAGGACGGAAGAGUGCGUGUGGCGGAGGUACGGACGUCAGGAGGCGUCAUCAAGCGCGCCAUCCACAAGCUGGCAUUGCUGCCAGUAAGCAACGCUCCUAACGAGGAGGUUAAAGCGCCGGAGGCCUUCAACGGGGCCGGAAUGUUGGAGCAGUAGAUUUAGUUUUAUUGUUAGUUUUAAGGAUAGUUGAAAGAAAGAAUGAAUUGAAUAUAUGCAGCCAGAGUGUAAACAAAUCACUUUAAACCAAUGUACAAAAGCUUAUCAGUUGCACUCAAGCUUGAGCAUAGCCGAUCUAGCUGAUAAGCUUUUCUGUUCGUGGCUAUGCGAAAUGAUAUGCUGCUCUCGGGAGAUGAUUAACCGAUCGAACCUCGAAGCAGCUGGCAGCAGCAAUAAACGUAUUGGAACCAAAUUCGUUCUCGUCUUGUUUUUCGCCUUCUUAAAAAUUCCCCAGCAGCUAGUCGCCAGUCUCAUUUGUUUAAUUAUUUAAACGUAAUUUU